AUGGAAAGUCCUCCAUCCCGAAACGAGUUCCAGAUCGGUUGGAUAUGUGCCCUACCUAUCGAAGCGGCCGCCGCAAUCCAGAUGCUGGAUGAGAAUUUCGGUAUUCUUCAAGAGCAGGAAAGGACUGACACCAACACAUACAACUUAGGUCGGAUCGAUCGUCACUACGUCGUGAUCGCGUGUCUGCCCGAUGGACAAUACGGGGCUACUUCAGCCACCACAGUUGCCAACAACAUGAUGCGAACAUUUAGUGACUCGCUCCGCAUCGGCUUGAUGGUGGGCAUCGGUGGAGGGGCCCCUUCUGCUAACUAUGACAUUCGCCUGGGCGAUAUCGUGGUCAGUCGUCCUGAAGGCUCUCAUGGCGGCGUCAUUCAACACGACAUGGGAAAAAUCGGCAAAUAUGGCGAAAUUCAACGCGUUGGAUCCUUGAAUAGCCCGCCAAAGUCGUUGCUGAACGCGCUGGCUCAGAUGAGGGCAGCCGAACUAUAUGAUGAUCCUCGGUAUCCUGUUUACCUUCAAGAAGCUAUUGGAAAAAAUACACGGACACGGAAAACCUUCAGCCGCCCUGACAUCAAGCUGGACCGGCUAUUCAAAAUAGAGCAUACGCAUCCUGAAAGUGCAACGUCCUGUGAUCAGUGUCUAGCGGAAUGGGAGGAAAAUCGGACCAGUCGUGAGGAGAGCUAUCCACAGAUUUAUUAUGGAACGAUCGCAUCUGGGAAUACUUUGAUCAAAGACGGAAAGACGAGAGAGGCUAUCCGCAAGGAGACCGGUGCGUUGUGUUUUGAAAUGGAGGCAGCAGGCCUGAUGGCGGACUUUCCUUGUCUGGUGGUACGUGGUAUUUGCGAUUAUGCCGACUCGCACAAGAAUAAACAAUGGCAAGGUUAUGCUGCACUAGCGGCAGCGGCAUUUACGAAAGAGCUGCUGGGUUAUGUCCCAAAGGGUGUAUCUCAAGAGAGCUUAGCGGCAGAUAUCUGUCCUCUGCUUGAAGGCAUUAAGGAGGACCAGAAAAAGGCUUUCGAUCAACGAGAAAGCCAUCACCGCGAAAAAAUGGAGAGAGUCUUGACGAAGAUCAACGUCGCUGUCAUCAAGCAUUCAAGACGUCAACUUAUAAAGAUUUCAAAAAUCGCAACCCAAAUCGAGCGAAAGGAACGUGUGAGUGGGUACUCAACAGCCCCGAGUACCUGCGUUGGUGGAACGCCACAAGCAAUGAUCUCUUAUGGAUCUCGGCUGACCCAGGAUGCGGUAAAUCCGUACUCGCAAAAUCAUUGA